AUGGCUCGCAAAGCAGCCCAAAAGGCCGCCAAAGCCGCGCCACUAGACGGCUGCGUAAUUGCAACCUCAGGCAAGUUUCCCGGCACCACUCAGACAGCUCUCGCCAGUCGCAUCACGUCACUCGGCGCUACAGCCUCAUCAAAGGUCACUUCGGAUACAAACAUCUUGAUCGCAACCGAAAAGGAUUACGAGAGUAAUUCGACGAAAGUGAAGGCGGCCGCAUCGCACGACAUUCCCGUUGUCACGCUUGAUUGGCUCGAGGAAUGCGAAUCCACAGAUGCCAAAGUAGAUGAGACAUCGUAUCUCCUCUCGCCUUCAGCUGCCUCUGCAGCUACUGCUACGCCAUCAAAAACAAAGAAUGGUUCGAAGAAGCGAGCUGCAUCACCAUCACCUGACGUAUCACCACCUCCAACUCAAGUUACGUUGCAGACAAAGAAGCCAAAGAUCUCGGAGAACGCCAAGGUUGGAGAUGGACAGAAUGCCAAGUCCAAGAAGAUAGCUAUAUCUGUAGACGAGUAUUGCCCGCUCUCAAGUUACCAAGUGUACAUCGAUGGUGAAGGGACCAUCUGGGAUGCUUCGUUGAACCAAACCAACGCAUCGGCCAACAACAACAAGUUCUACAAAGUCCAGCUGCUGUGCAAUGGAUCCGACUUCAAGACAUGGACGCGCUGGGGUCGUGUCGGUGAGCGAGGCCAGAGCGCGAUGCUGGGCGGCGGAUCGCUCCCAGACGCGCAGUUGAACUUUGAGAAGAAGUUCAAGGACAAAUCGGGUCUCAAGUGGGUUGACCGGGGUGAGGAGCCGAAGAAGAAUAAAUAUGCAUAUGUGGAGCGAUCUUACAACCCAGAUUCGGACGAAGAAGACGACGCAGAUGCUGGUGCAGACGGCGACAACGAAGAUGGCGUUAAGCGCGAAGUGGCGAAGUGCACACUUGAGCCGCCCGUGCAGAACCUGAUGAAACUCAUCUUCAACCAGUCUUACUUCGACGCAACCAUGGCGGAUCUCAAUUACGAUGCCAACAAGCUUCCCCUCGGCAAGCUGAGCAAGGCCACUAUCGCGAGAGGUUUCCAGGCGUUGAAAGAUCUCGCAGCCAUCCUUGACAAUACAGACGCAGAUUCUAGAGCGAAGGUGGAGGACCUCUCGAACCUAUACUACUCCGUCAUUCCGCACGCAUUUGGCCGUGUCAGGCCACCUGUGAUUCGAGACAACGAUCUACUUAAGAAGGAGAUCGAACUUCUCGACAGCCUGUCUGACAUGAAGGAAGCAGCUUCCAUGCUCAAACAGACACUUAAAGAUGACGGUGGUGUUCAUCAGCUCGAUCGCCAGUUUAACGGCCUGAAGAUGAACGAAAUGUCACCUCUGGAUCCCGCCAGCACCGAAUUCACCGAGCUUGAGACCUACCUCAAGGUUUCCAAGGGCGCCACCCAUCACUUGUCCUACAAGGUUGAAGACAUCUUCCGCAUCGAGCGACAGGGCGAACUGGAACGCUUCGAGAAGAGCCCGUACUCGAAGAUCAAGAGCAACCGUCGCCUCCUGUGGCAUGGUUCUCGUGUCACCAACUUCGGUGGCAUCCUUGGCCAAGGUCUACGAAUUGCGCCCCCAGAAGCACCGGUCAGUGGCUACAUGUUCGGCAAAGGUAUCUACCUCGCAGACAUGUCAAGCAAAUCUGCCGGUUAUUGUUCCGCCGGCAGCUCUGGUGGCACUGCGCUGCUAUUGCUUUGCGAAGCCGAGCUCGGCGACCCUAUGUAUGAGCUGACGGACGCUUCGUAUACAGCUGGUGAGGACGCGAAGGCUAAAGGAAUGAUAUCAACGUGGGGUAAGGGCCAAACCGGACCGAGCGAGUGGAAGGAUGCUAAAUGUGUUAACAAAUCGCUUGCUGGUUGCAUAAUGCCGGACAUGGAAUUCAACCCCGGACCAACCAAUGUGUCCGGCGCAUACCUGCAGUACAACGAGUUCAUCGCCUAUGACGUUGCUCAGGUUCGUCUCCGAUACCUCUUCCGUGUUCGCAUGUAG